GUUUACGUGAAGUUCUCUUGUCGCUGCUUCUUCCCCUCGUCAUGGCUGAUGCUCUGCUCUUCACUCCUCCCUCUUCCAGGCAAAUGCCCGAGAAAUUACUCAGCAAGCGUCGCCGAAACUUCGCAGAAACGCAACCCAGAAAGCGUCGCUCCCUUUCUGCCCAGAAAAAAUUAUGUGUUUUCUUGGGUGCAAAAUUAUGUGUUUUCUUGUUGACUCAACCCGACGACCUUGGCUCUUCCAACCCCAUAAAAUCAGACAUAAUCUGGGUGCUCAAGCUCAAGGUACUGACUUCUUUCGGUUGUUUCCUGCUUCAGUGUGUUCCGUAGUGCGCUCAUUGAUUGCACUAUCUCCUCCUUUUUCUGCGUCUUCCCCCAGCCCCAGUGGAUAUGAUAUCAAACAAAACUUCACUGUCAUGGCUCGGACGGAGUUUAUCUAUUCAAUCAUGCUUCCCUGAAACGAAGUCGAAUGAUGCUUCUGGUUGCAAGUCUCCUGAGAACAAUGAUAUUAGUAUAUAUGUUGAUGAUGGAACCUCUCUGAAUAUGUUUGAGCAUGGGCAUUUGCGAACUUCCCCCAGUGGUGAACUCCCUGUUGCAGAAGCAACACCAGAUAUUAAUGAUUUAUGCCCAAGAAAUUCUGAUGCUCAAAACUCCAGAAUUAUAGCGCAUCAAAACGAUUCCAACUUGGCCAGUGGCCUGCAAGUGCAAGGGAGUGAUGUCCUUGUCAGUUUAAAUGAAUCCAUGAGGCAAGUUGGCCCUAGCAAUCCUUUGACUAGUCAAACCCCCAACUUUGAACUCAAAAGACAUGUAUCUGACGGCCUGAUAAGUUUUCCACUAGCCACGGUUCCUUAUUCAGGCACAAUUUCAGGGGAAAUUAGAACUUGUGGCCUUAAAUCAUAUGUUGUCCUAUAUCUUGCUGCCCUCAGAGGUGAUUGGGAGAUUGCCAGAGAAUUUUUGGAUUCAAAUCCAGUGGCACUACGUGCCCGGAUUACGAGGGGUUUAGAAACUGCUCUUCAUGUUGCAGCUGGGGCAAGUCAUACUAGGUUUGUUGAGGAGCUAGUGAAAUUGAUGCGACCAGAAGACUUGGCACUUCAGAAUAAGGUUGGCAACACAGCACUUUGCUUUGCUGCUGCAUCUGGAGUCAGAAAAAUUGCUGAACUAAUGGUGGAAAAGAAUAAAGAAUUGCCGUCCAUUAGAGGUAGUAAAGGAGCAUUGCCACUUUAUAUGGCUGCUUUGUUAGGGCACAGAGACAUGGUCUGGUAUCUCUACUCUGUGACACAAGUUCUAACAGAGAAAGAUCUCAUUUGUCUUCUUAUUGCUGCUAUCACUGCCAAUUUAUUUGAUGUAGCUUUGGACAUCAUUCAGCAGCACCCUGCAUUAGCUACAGCUCGGGAUGGAAAUGGGGAUACAGCACUUCAUGUUUUAGCUCGAAAACCUUCAGCAUUUCCUAGUGGGAAUCAUCUUACAAUCUGGCAGAGGUGCCUAUAUUCAUGCAUUCAGUUGGAGCUACCAAGCAAGUUUCCAUCUCCUUAUGGUACCCAUGAAGUUCCGAUCUUGAAAGCACUACUCCGGAAAGUCCGUAAAUUUCUAGGAUUUGAGGAGAUAUAUGACAAAAAGUUGAUGCAUAUCCUAACUAUGGAACUGGUGAAGCAAUUAUGGGAUCAGAUUCUGUUGCUGGAUGACUCAAAAAUCGGGGAAUUAAUCAGGACUCCUUCUCGAUUAUUAUUUACUGCUGCCGAGUUGGGCAUUGUGGAAUUCAUAAUUAUACUUAUUAGAUCAUAUCCUGAUCUAAUCUGGAAAGUUGAUGACCAAAGUCGAAGCAUAUUUCAUGUUGCAGUGGCAUAUCGGCAGGAAAAGAUUUUUAACCUCAUGUAUGAGAUAGGUGCUCUUAAGGAUUUGAUUGCAGCGUACAAGGAUGAAAACAAUAUUAACAUGCUGCAUUUGGCUGGAAAACUAGCUCCAUCAAAUCGACUCAAAACUGACUCUGGUGCAGCUUUGCAACUUCGACGAGAGUUGCGCUGGUUCAAGGAAGUAGAAAAGAUUGUACAACCUCUAUACACAGAAAUGAAGGACCCUCAGGGAAGGACGCCUCAGAUUCUGUUCACGGAGGAGCAUAAGGGCUUAGUACGUGAAGGGGAGAAGUGGAUGAAGGAUACAGCAUCAUCAUGCAUGCUUGUUGCAACACUCAUUGCCACAGUGAUGUUUGCCGCUGCAUUCACAGUCCCAGGAGGCAACGACUCCUCUGGCUGGCCAAUUCUUAUGUCAAAGAGGUCAUUCAUGGUUUUCUUAAUUGCAGAUUCGCUGGCAUUAUUUUCAUCUUCCACUUCAAUACUGAUUUUCCUAUCAAUUCUCACCUCACGCUAUGCAGAGGAAGAUUUUCUCGACUCAUUACCUAAUAGGUUAACCAUUGGGCUUGGAACCCUCUUUAUCUCCAUUGCUACUAUGAUGAUAUCUUUCUGCGCCACCCUUUUCAUUGUUCUUGGCCAUCAUAGAUUGACAUGGGUUACCAUUCCAAUGACUGUAAUUGCAAGCGUCCCUGCAAUUUUGUUUGCGCUGUUACAAUUUCCCCUUUUUGUUGAUAUGGUCAGUCACACAUGCAUGUCUAGCAUCAUCUUCCGUCCAAGAAAUCAUUUGUUGUACUAGAUGUUGGUAGAAAUUGCAGAAUCUAAGUGACCAUGUUUUUUGUCUACCUAGACUCUUUCCUAUAUUGUUUUGUACAUAGAACCCUUUUCCCUUUUCUUUUCUUUUUUUAUAUUUCUGCAUCUAUCCUGUGUAAUAACUAAGGCAACGCUUGCAAGGAAUUGAAAGGGUGGCUUGUAUAUUAUGACAUGCAUAUUUAGUUGAAUCUUAUACUUUAUCACAUCA